CAAUCAGAAGCCUCGUGAGUGUGGCCGAGCUCGACCUCGCCGCCGCCGCUUCGUGUCAUGCCCGCCGCCGCCGCCGCCGCCGCCGCCGUCGUCGUCCCUUCCCUUCAUCUCCAGCGGCAGCGAUUCUCCUCGCCGCGCAAGAGGAUCCUGCCCCGAGCGCGCAGCUACGGCGCUACUCGUUCAGGUGCUGUACCUUCUUCCUUCGCGGCUGAAGGACCAUCUUGUCUCUUCGUUGGACCCAUUGAGACCGCCAGCAAGGAGAUGCUUGAAGCCCUCUAUCUCCAGGCGCGUGAUGCUUAUUAUAGUGGUAAACCAUUGAUUGUUGAUGAUAUGUUUGAUAAAGUUGAGUUGAAGCUAAGAAUAUAUGGUUCGAAAUCUGUCGUUAAAUAUCCUCGAUGUAGCCUUAGACAACAAUCAACUUAUGCAGAUGCUGAGGAGGACCCUUCACAAGUAUUCGCAUUAGCCGGCAUAUGGACUUUGUUGCUUGUGUUCGGGGCUUCUGUCUUAGUUGCCCCUGCUAUUUUUACCAUUGGCCAAGCAUUUAAAGAUGGUGUCAGCAGCUCUAUGCUUCUUUUCAAUGGUGCGAAAUCUCCACCUGAUAUGCUUGUGAUGGUUAAUAGGGUUCUGUUUGUUGGACUUGGAUUUUUGGUUGGUUUUCCUGUGGCUUCUGCUUCUGUAAAAGCACUUGAGGGCCUAUGGAGGCGUGAUCUUGUGGCGCUCAAGGGUUCUUGUCCGAACUGUGGUGAGGAGGUCUUUGCUUUCGUUAAGACCGAUAAACCUUUUCAGCGUGGACAUAGUGCAGAAUGUCAUGUGUGUGGGUCUGCAUUGGAAUUUCGCACCAAGGUGGAGCAAUCCACGACGAGAUAUGGCAAUCACUGGGUUUAUGGUCGUGUUUAUCUGGUACGAAGAACUUAAACAAAGAAUCUGAUAUAGAACCUGAAACGGAACCGCUCAAGUGCAACUCCAACACAAUUUUAUAUGAUAAUUGUGUACAUGCUAUUCUUUUCUUUGAUCUACAGACAGUGCAAUUGUUAUUUGAGCACUCUAGUUUAAAUAUUAUGAUACAUGCUAGCGGAUAAUGUUUAGUAUUUGUUUCUCUAAGGUAGGCAUUUUACAACA